UGUAACGGGGCCGCGAAGGGUUCAGUCGGUGAGCUUCGUUGUGCCGGUGAAGGAGACGGUGGGGUUCGACUUGGGGAGGAUGUGGAGGAGAGGUACUCGAGGGGUUAGCGAGGAGGUGGCGAGGUGGGGCGAGGAGGGGGGGAGGGAUGGAAAGGAGAGGAAUUUGGUGUUUCAUACCUUUAGUAACACUGGGUGGCUAGCUUAUGGCGUCCUCCUCCAGAACCUCCAAUCAAGGAAUGGUAUAAUUGAAAAGAUUAGAGGAUGUGUUAUUGACUCUGCACCUUGUGCAGAGAUGAGCCCUCAGGUCUGGGCGGCAGGUUAUUGUGCUGCUUUAUUGAAGAAGCGCAGCCCUUCUUUAGUUGAACCUGUUGAGGGUCAAAAGCUUGAUGCACGAAGCAAUAGAAUGAACGCACAGGACAUAAUACCUGCAUUCAUUGAAAUUACUGUUUUGAAAGUCUUAGAAAUUUUCUUCUCCUUAGCUUUUAUGCUACCAUAUGCUAAUCAGAGACUGAGCAGUAUCAUCUCUACUCUAAAGGACCAGCCGCCCUGCCCACAACUCUAUCUGUACAGUACAGCUGAUAAGUCAAUUAGAGAAGAGCGCUAUAGGUCCUAUGGGGAAAAAAAAGAAGAGGAACGCUACAGAUGGUGAUAAGUUCUAGGAUUCAGAAAGCUUCAAGUUUGACGAAGCAAAAACAGAAACAACUUCACGCGGAGUGUUAUCACGGCACACUCCAGGUGCAAAAAAAGGAGCUGUAUUCGCAUCAGCCAGCAGGAAUCAUUGCUUCUCGAGCUGCCAACAUGAAACUGUGCAGCAUACUUCUGAGGACCUUCAAUGGCUAUUACUGGGGGUUCAUUUAGAAAUGCCCAGUUGCUUCUGGUCCACCUAUAGAGUAAAUCAUAAGAAGUCACGGCUAAUAGUAAUUUUUGUUUCAUAAUUAUAAUUUAGUCUGGGUUAUCACUUACCUGUGUAAAAGAUAAUACUCAUAUCAAUAACAUCAAAUAUAGCAUGAUUAACUCCAAAAUUGUAUCCCAUUUUUGGAGUUAUGAGCCAAAAGGAUGCAUGAUAUCACCAAAUCUUUAUGUUUAAAGUUUUGUAAGUGUUAAUUUGUUCAAAUGUUUUGUACCGCUAAAUUGUUUAUUUUUAACAAACUUUUCUUUAUAUGAUUGGCUUGAAGAGCUUUGUCCAUAUAUCCCACUCUGGUAUACCUCAUUCAAACCUUCAAUAUUCUAUGUUUUUUUAACAAACUUUUCUUUAUUUUUAACAAACUUUUCUUUAUAUGUUUUGUACCAUUACAACAAAAGUUGCAUGUGUCCACAUUACUCUCACAACACAUAUAGAAGUGUCAUAUUAAUUGCAAAGGAUUAAAACGACAAUGACAUAUGCUGCAAGCUGCAACACUUAGUUGUGUCAUUAGAUAUAAAAUAAAAUAAAAUUGCUAAACACUUAAUACUCCCACAUCGGUUGGGUAAGGUCUUGGGAUUUAAGUAUAAUAAUGAUUAAACAUUUAUGACGAUAAAUUAGCUAAACAACUCUAUAGUAAAGCACACUUGCUGAGAGCAAUCUUAGGACGGAUGACAUUCUAGGAAGUUAGUGUUGUAUUGUGAUAUCAACUAUAUUUUUUAUGGUCCCUACACAAAUAUGUGUUGCAACUCUCGACACCUGCAUACGUCGUGAGUUUUGUGACACAUAUAUUUCAAGUUUUGCGACACAUUCUUAUAUGUGUAGAAAGACAUUCUCCAGACAUGUUCUACCUACAUUUUUGACUUGUGUUGCGCUCUAUUUGUGCGACAUAAAAAUGUGUUGCUGGGUGACUAAAAAUGUAUCAUAAGGUGCAACUUUUGUUGUAGUGAGUGCUUAAAUCCGAUCAUCCAUUACAUAGAGAAAGAAAUUUGAACAUUUAAUGUAAACAUCAUCUCUUAUAAUAGAAGAAAGAAUUUAAUGUUGAAAAAUAAUAUAAUAUCCGCUUCUUUUUUCUGUAAUAUGUCAAGUGUUUGAUGCUGAUUUUUGUUGCCUUAGAUUAUGAGAAGUACAAUAAAAUCACUAAACACCAACUCACAUAUCUUAAUAAGAGAUAGAGCAAUCAUCAAAAGAGUAAGGUUUUUAUCAGUUCUACAUUUAACAAAGAGAAAUAAAUAUAAUAAAUAAAUUCCGACUCGUCUUAAAUAAAUAGAGACUGAUUCUUUAGAGAAGAUAAUCUGAAGGUUUAAUUCUGAAGGUGCCUUAUAACACUUGCUAAAAUUAGAUGGAAACAGAGGUUGCAAGAUAAGA